AUGACCACUCGAACAUUUCACGGCUUCCCGCUCCUCCCCGGCGAGAUCCGCAACCAAAUCUGGGACCUCGCCGUACCCCCUGCCCACUUUCGGGGCGUUCACUACUUCUCGGUACUGGCUCCCGACUUGCAGGAGGCGAGUGAAGCCUUUGCUAGUCAACUCAUAUAUGGCGACGCGUACCAAUUAAUAAGUGCGACCUGGCUGCCCGACGACAGCAUAUCAACGCUCGGUCGGGCCCCCGGCAACCCCUCGACGUACGCCAUUGACUGGGGCCUCUGGACGGCAUGUAAAGAAUCGCGCUCGUUCAUGUGCCACCGGUACGGUAUCGUGAAGUGGUCCGACUUCCUGCAUAAGCAGCAGCAACAACAGGAAAAGAGGGAUCAGCAACAGAAGGAGUUUCGCCGACAAAAACCUGACUCGGAGGAGGUCCCGGCAACGUUCGUCCUGAAAAACGAUGAUAGUUUUCACUCGCUCGCGCUCUUUCCCAGGCAUGACCUGAUAGCACUGCAGCUGAAUGGGAACUACAGACUUUUCAUGAUAACUCUGCCUAGAUUAGGUUUCAGAUCAAGGACAGUUGACCGUACGGACAUCUACCACGUCGCCAUUGAGUUCGACCCAUCUUGGGAUGUGAACGAACUCGAGCAAUAUCAACGAGAAGUGGAAGGCGAUAUUGAACGCGAAGAGAACCGAUUGGACCCCAAACUAUAUGAUACGUACGAUCAUCUGGUCGACAUCAGGAGGAGCGGAAUGCUGAUGGGAGCUACUUUGUGGUUUAUAGAUGGUCGUCUAAGUCGCAAAGCGGCUGUCGUAGAUGAAGGAUGUACGGAUAUGGGUCCAAGACCAUCUGCGCAAUUCGUUUUCGAGGGUCAAGACAACAGAUACUUUGGGAUGCCAUACUACAGUAUCAUGGACCUAUACGAAUAUGACGAAGAAGUCAAAGGAGAGAAUAAUGCCGUCUAUUUCCUCUCGACUUUAGAAGAGAUUGCUGUGAAACAAGAGGCAGUGGACAUGCGACUGGAUGUGGAGGAAGAUGCUCAUGAACUAUGGAUGUACCUUGGCAGGAGUGUCGGCUUGUUGGCACGAGAGCCUUUCUAA